CCUGGGAGCGGCAAGGCUUGAGUUCCUGCUGGAAGGCUGCACCUGUGGUAUCUGGUUCCGGGCUCUUUCACUGUGGUUUUUGGUCCAAACAGGUCUUAGGGUUCUCGGCCUCCAUUCCCCAUUUAGAGUGUAGUGAGAAGCAGGGCUGGGCCUCCGAGGUCAGGUUCCCCGGUGGAUGGAUCGGGAGACUCGCACCUUUGCCGAGCGGCACUACCGGGACCUCGGGGGCCGAGUCCCUGGCUGCGGCGGGCCGGCACCCAGCAGUGUGACCUUCAUUCAGUCGCCGGACACCUUCUCCUACGCCGACUUCGUGAAGGGCUUCCUGCUGCCUAACCUGCCCUGCGUGUUUUCCAGCGCCUUCACCGAGAGCUGGGGCAGCCGGCGGCGCUGGGUGACGUCGGCGGGGAAGCCUGACUUCGAUUAUCUGCUGCAGAAGUAUGGAGACGUGGUUGUACCGGUUGCCAAUUGUGGAGUGCGGGAAUACAAUUCAAAUCCCAAGGAGCACAUGCCCUUCCGUGACUACAUCAGUUACUGGAAGGAGUACAUACAAGGAGGCUGCUCCUCCCCGAGGGGCUGCCUCUACCUCAAGGACUGGCACCUGUGCAGAGACUCGUUGGUGGAUGACUUGGAAGAUAUAUUCACCCUGCCUGUGUACUUCUCAUCAGAUUGGCUGAACGAGUUCUGGGAUGUCCUCAAUGUGGAUGACUACCGCUUUGUCUAUGCGGGGCCCAGGGGCACCUGGUCUCCCUUCCAUGCGGACAUCUUCCGCUCCUUCAGCUGGUCAGUGAACAUCUGUGGAAGGAAGAAAUGGGUGUUCUUCCCGCCAGGACAGGAGGAGGACCUUCGUGACUGCCAUGGUAACCUGCCUUAUGAUGUGACUGCCCCCGAACUCCUGGACACUCGCCUGUAUCCCAGGAUCCAGCACAGCAGUCUACCCCUGGAAGUCAUACAGGAGGCUGGUGAGAUGAUAUUUGUGCCCAGCGGAUGGCACCAUCAAGUGUACAACCUGGACGACACUAUCUCUAUCAACCACAACUGGGUCAAUGGCUGCAACCUGGCUAACAUGUGGCGCUUCCUGCAGCAAGAACUCCAGGCAGUCCAGCAGGAGGUCAGAGAGUGGAAGGACUCCAUGCCUGACUGGCACCACCACUGCCAGGUCAUCAUGAAGGCCUGCACAGGGAUCAAUUUCGAAGAAUUUUACCAUUUUCUCAAGGUCAUCGCUGAAAAGAGGCUUCUUGUCCUGAGGCAAGGACUGAAGGGGGAUACAGGGGCCAGCACAGGCCUCGGGCUGGGCCUGCAGCAGGCUGCAUUUGAUGUUGGCCGCCUUGCAGAUGUGCUGGCCUCUGUGGUUGCACAUCUCGACUUUCAAAGAGUGGACACCAGCGCAUUCUCCCCACAGCCAGAGGAGCUGCUUCAGCAGCUGGAGGAUAGCGUGGCUGCUGCCGAGGCCCUGUAAUACUCCACAGGUCAUGAUGCAGGAAGAGUUCUGGAGGCAGCCUCUUACCCCAGGGCCCUUCUGAAGUACAAGCUACCCUUCCUUGAGGCUUAGGAUGAGCCCCAAGGCUGUGCAGGUGCAGUUCUGCAGGGUGGGCAGACAUAGUUUUGCCCAUCAAGUGCUUUUUUCCAGCAUCUAGGCCCUGAAUCUUGAGGAAGGUCCAGCCAUAAUGGGAGUUUAACUCACGGGGGCAAGAGGGAUGUUCACCCAUUUGGCCUAUGGCCUGCUAAGAACUUGAAUUGAGUAGUGAUCAUGAAGCCAGGUUUCCUCGGAGCCUUCUAGCCUCUCCUAGAGAUCCUAGAACUCUGGGUAAGGCCUCCUGGAGAUGUUUUUGGAAGAGCCACUUGAGGCUUAGAGCACUGACUUCAAGGCACAACUGGUGGUGCCCUGCGGAGUGGCACUAAUGCUAAUUUACCCUGUGAGCUGCAGGUUCUACAGACCAGGUACGUGUAAGAACUUGGAUGGGGGCAGGGGCACCUGUAUCUCUGCCCUGCCUGCCCCACGGACUACUGGGGAGCUGCGGAAGCUCUGGCUAGGAGGAUAUCUCUUGGUGUUAGAAUAAAUGGGAAGAAAAAUUAUUUAUUUAUUUAUUUAUGCCCUCAACCUCUUUGCCAGCUAAACAACACCUCCUGUUUCAGAGUCUUUACCAGCAGCACUGUCCAGGGAGUCUCAAAACGUGACCAAGCACAUAGGCUUGCCCAGGCACUGCCUUUGAGCGCCUGGGUCCUUUCCUAUGUGGAGACACAAGUGGCCCAGCAACUUAAUGGGGCAUACUCCAGAUUUGCAAAAUUAAGAAAAGUUAACACCCUGGGCCAUGUGUGACAGACACUAGCUACUAUUUCCUCCCAUGACCGUCGUAACUAGAAAUGAUAGUUAAGUCCCCAGUCAGAUUAACAAGCCAGGAGGGGGCACGUGUUACACAGCUCAGCAGGUAAAGGUGCUUGCUGUGCAAGUCUGUUGACCUGCGUCUGAAGCCUGGAAUCCAUGUGAAUGUUGGGGGAGAAGGAGCCCCUUUGUCUACCUCACAGACUGCCAAAACCCUUGCUUACACCAAGGCUGCCACACUUGGAUGCUUGUGUAAGGCCCUGUGCUCAGUUGCUGUCUGUCCAGCCUUGGACUAUUACCACUCUUGUUGCUCUUACAGCCAAAACUUAGUUUUUUGUGAUAUAAUAAUCUUAUUUUGCCUUUGCAACUUCCUGUUUCCCCAACCACCCUGGGUACAGCCUUAGUUUACUGACACUUAUUCCCAUUAUGACACUGCUAUUUACAAGACGUAAUGUCUUUUGGAAGAUUAUUUUCAUUGACAGUUAAAUAUCCUCCACCUAGUUACCCAACACUUGUAAAGUGUUAAUGAAAUGAGACAUCCUAAUCUAAUCUCAAGAAGGGCUUCCUCUCUGCAAUGCGGUGCUCCUGGAUCCAGUCCCAACUAUUGACCAAAGUGUUCAGCCUCUAUUUGGAGAAAUGGAGACAAACCCCCACUCCUCGGGUCAGAAUCUGACUAAGGCUCCAUGAAUGUUCUAAACAGUUGAGAUGGAAUUAGAAAAAUGAGCAAAAUGCAGGUAAGAACACUAAUGGUUUAAUAUGAAGGAGAGAGCUGUAACCCUCUCCCCACCCAUCUGGCUUCUGUUCCCUGUAGUCAACAUUAUCUAACUGAUUCAGAAAUACUAAUUAAAUGAAAACAAAUAUUUUGACCACAUUCAUACAACCUAUGUAUAUUGUUACAGUUCUAUUGUGACUCUUACUGUCCUUUAUAAAUUGUGAUAGUGGUGGUGGCACACACCUUUAAUAAUCCCAGCACUCAAGGCAGAAGCAGGCAGAUCUCUGAGUUCGAGGCCAGCCUGGUCUACAAAGUGAUUUCCAGGACAGCCAGAGCUGUUAAAGAGAUAAACCCUCUCCUGAAAAAAAAAAGGAAAAGUUUUAAUUCUAGGUUCAAUUUUUAUUAAUUUCAUCCAGUCCUAGCUGAAAUGAAUAUCUAAGAAUUAACUCCUAAGCCCAUUUUAAACUAAAGGAAAAGGAACCAGGUGGAAUGGGCUCUAAAUAAAAUCUUAGACCUUGAUUCCACUUGCAAAGUUUGGUCCAGAGUUUACUCAUGAUUAAGUUAGCUUACGAACAGAUUAUCUUAACCUGUUUGUUCCAUUUUGUCAUAAGUAUAAUUUAGGUUUGAAUGCCAAAGUGCUUUAUAGUACUGUAUUGCUCUGUGUAUUAAGUUUUUAUCAACUUAAUACAACCUAUACAUAUCUCAGAAUAAAGAAUCAUAAUUAAGAAAAUGCUUCCCUACGAUUGGCAUAUGGGCAAAUCAGUAGAACAUCUUGAUUAAUGAUUGAGGUGGGAGGACCAACCCACUGGGGAAGGUACCACCCUGGGCAGGUAGGACUACAUUGUCUAAGAAACCAAAUUAAACAAGGUAAGAAGAGCAAGCCAGUGAGCAGUGUUCCUCUAUGGCUUCUGUUUCAGUUCCUGCCUCCAGG